AUGACCCAUCACAACAUUACCACGAUCACGAUCAUUAACAUGAUGGAAGACUUGCAAGACUUAUUACCCUUCACCACUCUCCAAUGGGAGGAGGGCCGUCGCCAACUCCAACAGAUUCCAGAUUACACCUCACCUCCCACAGAGUUGGCAUUGGAAGCAACUCCAGAAGCCUACCGCAGUGAUGAACUCAUGGACCAAAUUCGAGACCUGGCAGCAGCUGGCUGGCAACUGCACGGCGGCGGCAGCUGGUGA